GGCAGUGGGAUGGCUGAAGCCAGCAGUGUUUUCCUUGGUUCUCAGGAUAGCUGGUGGGAUGGCCGAGGUAACCUCCUCAAGGGAAAAUACAGAUGUGGUCAUUGUCAGAAGGACAGAGUCAGGUGAUAUUCCGGGCAUUAUCAGCCUCUUCAGCCCUGUCACAGAAGAUGUCUUUGGAAGGAUUGAUGUCACUUAUCUCUUAGAGUUAUCAAAUCUUGCUUUGACACUCUGCAAUGAGAAGAAUGAGGUUAUAGCCCAUGCUGCUUUUCUGGACUAUCCAAACUGGAAUAUCACCGAUCAGGCUGAAUGGGAACCAUUCCUGAAUGAAAACUACCCUGACAAUAAGUGCACUCCUUUGAACACGCUCUUUGUGCAUCUCUUUGUGGCAAAGGAAGGUUAUGCAGCUGGAUGUGCCCAAGAAAUUGUUAGGAAAGCUUUCAUCUUACUACCAGAUCUGCAAUUUAUACUUCUCUUUAUACCAGCUGAGGAGAGGUUAGGUUUUUGUCAUUCAGAGCUGGACCUGGGGAAUGUCUUUGAAAGGAUCGUGCCUGUUCCACGCUCACGCAUGGAGAGACGUUUCACCUUGCUGGCAUGCCCGAGGCAUUGGUGUCACCCACGGCUGUACGUGCGCCAAGCAAGGAUGGAAGAUUAUGAUGAUCUCAUGCUAAUCUGGACACCUCAAAGUGAGACUCUGAAGGAAACCUAUGGUGAAUAUCUCCUUGUUGAUCUCCUAGAACGUGAAGGUGAAGAAAAUCAGGCAGCUGUUUGUGAGGUUGGUGGCACUGCCGUAGGAUUCAUGAGCUUAUGUUCUGAUGUGAACAUUUCCUUGUUUCAAGAGUGUUUUGACUUGGGGCCUUUCCAUGGACUCUGUAAGCCACAUCCUGAGGAUAUUCUCAAAGUGCCACGGAAGCCAAGCAUUCAAGGAGAUGAAGAUGAAAGCAAUCAAACAAGUCAAAAGCCAGAGCCUGUUUCUUCUCAAAACUUGGAACAUGUUCCUGGUGCAGAUGCAGCUGUGCAGAAAGAUGGAGCUGUUACCGUUUCCCCCACUGAACCGCUGGUAGGUAAUGUCAUCAACAUAGACUCUAAAGGCUCAGCAGCACCUCUGCUGGAGACUGAUGAGGAGGGGGAUUUGAACAGAGGAGCUUCAAAUGUUUUCAGUAUCCGUCUGUUUUGUAUUGAUAAAGAGUAUGAAACUAGGUCACUGGAUUUUUUGCAUUAUGCUUUCAGUGUUUUCCCAGACAGAGACUUGUGUGUUAUCCUGGUGCCACAUCAUGUCCCAGAGUUCCCCCUGGUCCGGCGCUUUGUUCGGGCCGUCCCUUCCUGCAUGUCCAGGCUGGGUCGGGAGCUGUACGUGUUCCACCGGGCGGGAUUGCUCACGUCAUUUAAUGUAAGAAAAGCAGCAACCAGUGACCUACAGGGUGUCAAAAUGCUCAUUGAAACUCUUAGCUUGAAUGAAGAGAUGUGGAAUGACUCAAAGAUAUUCACUGAGACUCGCAAGGAUCCAGAUGGGAUGCCAGUACAGGCUUUUGUAGCAGAAGUUUUGGAUCAAAUCGUCGGUGUUUCUGUCACUAGGGAUGAAAUGGAUACUGAGUAUAUUCGAUCACAUUAUGAUAUUGAGGACUUCAUUCAUUUUAAUCACCACCAGCAAGAGGAACAUGGACAUCUUUGCCACUUUGUCUUGAAUCCUGUAUUUCAUCACUAUGCAAAAUACUUUCUAAAGGAGAUUCUUCGCUUGGGUCACAAAUCUUCUCUUUACUACCCUAUUUAUCCAGAAUAUGUGGAGGACAAGUUCCAGCAUCCCUGUGCUCAUUCCCUGACAUCUGCCCUUCAUUACAUGGCUCCCGUGCGGCCGAGACGACAGAUUGUCUAUCCUCUGCAAGAGCUUGGCGUGAGCGCUCCAUCGGAGCAAGUCUCCAAGGAUCAGCUGAAAUAUUCUUUGAACCACAUAAAUCGAAAGCUGGUGCUGGAAUCAAAAGUGUGUAUCAACACUAGAAUUGUGGUUGUUGGUGCAUCUGAUGUUGGAAUCUCUUUUCUGGAAACGCUGAUUUUUUGGCCACGUCUGAAGUUCAACAACCUGACUUUGAUUUCCAUUCACGGCCUUCCAGGAAAAGACCCACUGAGCUCCAAGUAUAGAAGAUUUUUAAUUAACAGCCACUGUUUUAAUGAUGAAGAUUAUGCACAGAUGUCACUUUGUUCCUGGGUUAAUGUUGUGGUUGGUAAAAUGACAAGCAUAAACCGCAGUGCCAAAUAUGUUGUUGUAUCCGAGGAGAAAGUGCCUUACGACUACCUGGUUCUGUGCACGGGACAGAGCUACCAGGCCUUGGCUCCCAUGGGAGAAUAUGUUAGUGAAGUCACGAGCCAGUGGCCACAGAGAUACACAGAGAAAGUCCCUUCCAAUCACUUCACUCUCAAUGAUGCCCAGGACUGCUUGGAGGCAGCACUCUGGAUGGAGAAAAACCUCAUCCGCUCCUCAGGGAACAUCAUUGUCUAUGGGAAUACAAUUGACACAUACACCACGGUAGAAGCCCUCUUAUCCUCUGGGAUUGAUGGCUCCCGCAUCCAUCUCGUGCGGGCUCCGCUGGGCUCUGCCAGCCCUUGCCUGCCCGAGGCCGCCCUGGAGUGCGCGGUGGGGGAGGUCCUGGCAGGGGCAGGCGUGACCGUGCACCCCGACAGCAUCCUGGCACAGUGGGGCCAGGGGCACCAUGGCCUCAUCACCUGGGCUGCCUUCACCACUGCCUCCAGCCUCCUCCACCUGCAGUGCUCAGCAUUUUUUAGCUUUGCCUACAGGACCCUGGAUUAUGACAUCUUUAAGGCUGUCAGUGAUGCUUGCCUUGUUUUUGAUGGAAGAGUUGUGAUUGAUACUGAAUUCCACACCAAUGAUGCCAGCAUCAGGGCUGCAGGCCCUCUGACAAAGUUCUCCAGGAGAUACUAUAGGGAUGAAUUAACACACAGCAACUUCAACUCCAAGGAGAUUGGCUUUGAGCUUGCUGCCUCCAUGCUGAGUCUCUUUGAGUCAGCCCCUCAGCCCAGUUCCGGGCCACCAGAAGGCUCAGACAGACUCAUCCCCAUAUACAGCAGGUGUAAAGUUCAAGGUGGUGUUCUUCCUGGAGGUUAUAACUACUUGCACAUUUCCAAGCCUGGAAUCCCCGUGCCCUUGGAUGUAGAACUUGACCCAUGUGAUCGUGGGACAGAGAUUGUAACUGGGGAGGCCAGUCAUGGGAAUUACUUCAGGAUACACUUCAGCAGAUACAAUAUGGUGGACAGCAUCACCUGCUUUUCCAAGGAACCCUUCCCUGUCUCCAACUACAUCUGCUUGUACGGACAGCACGAGCGCCUCCUCAAUGACCUGUACUACCGCUGGAGGGCCGGGCAGCUCACAGACCUCUACAGCUACUUCAGGGAACCUUGGUCCUUGGCCAUCUAUCACGAUCGGUUUAUUGAUCUGCAGAAGGAACUGCACCAAAUCCUGAUGUCAGAAGAGGUGCCCUGGCAGCAGCCUAGGCAGAAACCUGGCCUGCCAUCACUUCGGGAACCUGUCCUGCGUUACCUGCGCCACCACCGUGCCCAGCUGCCCAUGUACGCCCCGACCGAUGCCUACAGACUGGUCUCGGCUGCAGCAGGCAGCCAGGGACUGAAGCUGGGUAGAGCUGGGCACAGUGGCAGCAGCAGGAGCCCCACACUGACACAGGAGCCCUCCUAGGAGCGCAUCCUCCUGACACGGUAAUUGGGACAUUAUUUGCAGCAGCCAGGUCCAGCUAAACCACCUGUUCCUCUUUAAAAAGAACCACUGUUUUAAAGCUCUAAUAAAGCCCCCUCGCAGCUCUGAAGGCGAGGGCAUGCACAGCCCAGCCUGUUCCUGCCUGGCUCUUGUGCUGUACCGCUCUGCUGAGGCUUUUCAGCCUUCCUUAGGGAAUGGGGAAGGUGAGUGAAGGGAGGAUUUAACCAGAGCAAAGGAGCGUGGUUCAGCUGCAGGUUAAAACAGGUUCUGCUUUCUCAGGGUAUGGGAUCACUGUGUUUUUAUUGGCUCAUUUUUACAGUUUUUUAGAGGGAAAUUACCUGUAGUACAACACCGGUUCAAUUACAAAUGGGAGGAAAAUGAUGUACUGUUGGGGGUGUCUGAGGUGGGAGGUUUUGGUUUAGUUACACACACACAGAAGAAAAUCAGAAUUUAUUACAUACAAUAAAUUAUAUUUUGCAUUUACACCUGAAUCCUUGGAAGUGUCCAAGGCCAGGCUGGAUGGAGCUUGGAGCAACCUGGGAUAGUGGAAGGUGUUGCUGCCCAUGGUAAGGGUGGAAUGAGAUGAGCUUUAUUGUGCCCUUCCAACCCAAACUAUUCUAGGAUUCUGUGAUAAAAUAAAUGUAAAAAAUAUAUUCCUUUUAUAGCAGUAUAUUCAAUAUAGAUGAUUUAUAUAAGUAAAGUUCAGAAUAUGUAGGUAAUAACACAGGUAAUGUAAUAGG